AUGUCACGUCCAGCGGCGGCAACAGUAGUAUCGACACCAUUCAAGGUCAUUUCCAUUGCUAAGGAAUUGUCAUUGGAGGAAGUCGUCGCAAAUCCAGCUGCUAGUAUAAGGACAACUGCUACCUCCUUCUUCCCUCUACGCCAAUCUACCUCUAGUAGUGCGGCCUCAUUGAGCUCUUCUCCUCCACCAUCUGCAUCAAGUCCUGUUGGCUCACCAUCGCAAACUACAAAUACUGCUGCCAGUGCUGCGGGCCAGAGUACUGUUAAAUCUUCUGUGGAGGCUGUUGAAUUAUGUGGCAACAAUGUAUUCAUUGGAACAUCAGAAGGAUACAUGCUGCAUUACGUAUUGGAGACUGAAGACUCGGGCCAGCCUGGAUCGCCAUUCACGAGUCGCUUGCAUCAGAAACGAUUCUUGGGAAUGGGUCGAAAGGCUGUUGAUGGUGUAUUAGCUGUUCCUACGGAAUCUAAGCUUAUAGCUUUAUGUGACGCCUCAUUGACAUUUUACGAUAUGGACACACUGCAACCUCUCUCUGAACUCCCGAGAAUUCCUGGUGUAAUGAGCUUCUGCGGAGAUAAAUUAUUACAUAGUCCUAUGCGGUUUUGUGUCGGAAAGAGGCGGGCGCUGUAUACUAUGCAGCUGGGAGAUGUCGUGACUCCCGAAAAGGAAUUAUCAUUACCAGACGGCGCUCUGAUAUUGAAAAGAGUGGGAUCUACAAUAUGUGCGGCUGAUACUGGAUCCUACAAGAUUAUAAAUUUGGACAAGGGGGAGACAAUACCGUUACUGACGUAUGACCGUGCGGCGUUUAGACCAACGCUGACGUCGGUGGGUGAUAAUGGAGAGUUUUUGUUGGUGACGGCUGGUACUGCAGCUCAGGGAACUGCUCUGGGAGUGUUUGUCUCGUCAACUGGUGAACCUGUCAAAGGUACAUUGACGUGGCCGGUAAUGCCCAAGUCGGUUGCCUACCACUUCCCAUACGUUGCUGCACUCUUACGAAACAAUUCAAUACACAUCCAUAAUGUGUUUUCACAAGAAUUGGUACAAAUGAUCUCCAUGCCACCAAAUUCAGAACCUCGAUUCAUCGUGGAAGCAUCCUUUGAAUUGGAUGUUCCUGCCGGAGGAAGUGGUGUGCCCGGGACAGUCAGACUAGUAGUCGCAUGCCGAGAGAUGGUUUUGGGCCUCAAAAUGUCUUCGUUGGAUAGUCAAGUGAAUGAACUAUUUGAAGCAAAGAAAGUCGAAAAGGCUAUUGCUUUAGCAGAGCAGAUAGAGCAAGGACAGAUGGACGAUGAUGGACGACGGAAAAUCAAGUUGCAAAAGCUCUAUCAACGAGCUGGCCUCAUAUACCUACGAGAAACUCUCUUUGAGGACUCGUUAAGAAUGUUUAAGAAGGGCCACCUGGAUCCUAGAGCCUUGUUGGCCAUCUUUCCAGAGUACAUGACUAGCUCUGGAACCGAGUCCAGCGCUUCAAUCUUGGAUAAGGAUGUACUGGAACUUGUCAAUCAAGCUGGAAAUAUCAAUAAUAUUGUGGAUACCAACCUGACUACCGAGUAUCCUGAUGCUGAUCCUGAAACGUUAGAGUCAUUUCGAUUGGCACUCAUUGCAAAUGCUAAGGACGUCCUCGUCAAGUACUUGGCUUUCGCUCGCGAUAAUCCAGAGAUCGAUACCACCCUUCUUCGCAUUCACGCUGAUAACGAUUCUAAAGCAAUGUAUGAGCUGCUUAAUUCUGAUAAUCAUUGUCGGUUGAAAGAUGGUGAAGUGAUCUUAACUGAAAAGAAGAGAUUUUAUGCAUUGAGCUUGUUGUUUAAGAAGCACGGAUUGAUUCAGGAGGCUCUUGAUAUUUGGAUCAAGAUUGCAUCAAAAGAGUACGAUGAUCCAGAUUUUGGUGGAAUGGGUCAAAUAGUAGACUUUUUACAUACCGUUGAAGAUUCGGAAAUCAUAUGGAAGUACGCAGAAUUUGUCCUGAAGAUGGAUUCUGCUCAAGGAAUUAGAAUAUUUACAGAAGAGACCACUGCUGAAUCACGGUUCAAGCCAGACGAUGUGAUUGAGUACCUGCUGCAGCAUCAUAGGCCGUCUCUGAGCACGUACUAUGAGUAUUUGAUUCAUCAGAGAGGAAUUCAGGACGAAACAAAGCAUACUAGUCUGGCUAUGAUAUAUGUGGAACACGUGCUGGAUCUCGCUAGUGAAGAGAAACUCAUCGCUCAAGAGCAAGCAUUCAAAACCAAACCCAUUCGCUGCUCUUAUCAGGCCUUUCUAGCCUCAUUGUCUGACCAGGGAGAUGAAUUAGCUGGUGCACGGACAAGGCUGAUACGAUUCCUUAAUUCGUCUGAGCGAAUACGGCUACCGCCAAUUAAAGCUCGACUAGAUUCAAUGCCCAGGUUAUAUGCUGAGCAUGCCAUAUUACUUGGCAAGUUGAAUGAACACGAAGCUACACUACGCAUGCUGGUCCAAAACAUGCGGGAUUUCGUAGCUGCCGAAAUAUAUUGCAGCUCAACCAUCCCAACUCCUACGAGGAGAGCAUCACCAACACCUCCUCGUAGCGAUUCACCAUCUCGGCCGCAAUCUCGACUCAGCAACAACACAACCACUAGAACGGCAUCACCAAGUAAAGACGACAAGAGGCUCUCAGUAGCCUCGAAUGCAUAUAUAUCGUUAUUGUCUCCUGAUGCAGAUACGGCGAGAAGGACGUUAUUGUUUCAGCUGUUUCAAAUGUAUUUAAAGGAUGAUUCGAGAGAUGAGUUGGCAGAUGAGAUAGUGAGGUUGUUGGGUGUUUAUAGUGGGGAUUUUGAUGUCAUACAGGUGUUGAAGCUGAUACCCGAUCAUUGGUCUUUGGCAAUGCUAGUGCCUUUUAUUAGUGCCGCGUCACGGCGGAGCACUCAUAUACGUCGGGAAGUCAGUGUCACAAAAGCAUUGGCUCGUGGCGAGAAUCUCAAGGUCAAUAACGAAUACGUAAACAUCCAUCUAACAACACCACCAAUUCGCAUAUCACACAACCAGCAAUGCGCGAAAUGCAGAUUACCGAUUGGUGAUCCACCUGUCUUUGCACGAUAUCCGCAAUGGCCGGACGACGUGUUUCAUUUGCAUUGUCGGAUUCCUACUAGUAGUAGUACAUCAUCUUCAAUAGCGAGACCAGUCUCAACUGUACAACCAUAG